GGCGCGAUGUGGCGGUGGCGGUAUGUGAGCGGCCGGCAGCUGGACGGCUUCCGCCACUACAAGUACAGUGCUGUGGAUACAAAUCCUUUAUCAGUGUAUGUCAUGCAGCCCAUCUGGAACAAAAUCAUUAAGAUAGUGCCUUUGUGGAUUGCUCCAAACCUGCUCACCUUUUCUGGAUUUGUCAUGAUUUUAGUUAACUAUUUUCUAAUAUCUUUUUAUGACUGGGACUACACUGCUUCGGGUACCAGCCCUGGACGUGUUCCAACCUGGGUGUGGCUGUUCAGUGCUUUUACCACCUUCUGCGCUUAUGCCUUAGAUUCCAUAGAUGGGAAGCAUGCUCGAAGGACUCAGUCCAGUAGUCCUCUGGGAGAACUGUUUGACCAUGGGCUGGACAGCUGGGCUACCUCCAUUUUUGCACUCUCUUUUUUUUCUGUCUGUUCCCGGGACAAUGGGAAGACUGGAGUUUCUGUAUAUACAAUGUAUAUGUAUUUAAGCAUUGUCUUGUUUAACUUUAUGUGUUCACACUGGGAGAAAUAUAACACAGGAGUUCUUUUUCUUCCUUGGGGAUACGAUUUAAGCCAAGUGGUGUUAAUAACAGCAUAUCUGCUCACUGGCAUUGUUGGUGUGGAAGUUUGGCAGAAGCCUUUCCUGUUUGGUUAUUACAUUACAGAUGUUUUAGUAAUCUUGCUUAUAGGCUUCAGUUUACUUCUUUCAUUUCCACAGACACUAUACAACAUCCACAGAGCACAUUUAAGGAAAACACUGAAGAAUGAUUCUUUGUAUGAAGGACUCCUACCUCUUGUGUCACCUCUGUUGCUCUUCAUGCUUCUUACAGUCUGGGUGGUUUUAUCUCCAGGCAACAUAUUAGCAAAGCAGCCAAGAUUGUUUUUAUGGAUGGUUGGGGUUGCUUUCUCAAAUGUUAUUUGCAAAGUCAUCAUCUGCCAGAUGAGCAGCACACAGCCGGAGCUGCUGCACUGGUUCCUGUUUCCCUUGGCACUGGUGGUCUACGCAGCCAUCUCAGGGCUGCUGGGUCAGGCAGAGGAAGCCGUGCUGGGUGCAUUCACAGCGCUGCUCACGGCCGCACACGUGCACUACGGCAUCUGUGUGGGGAGGCAGCUGAGCGAACACUUCAACAUUUACAUCUUUUCCCUGAAGAAACGUGUCCAAGAGUGAACACCUGCACUGUGAUUGGACUGUGACACUUCACGUAAGAUUUCCAGCUUUUUGAUGUGAUCAGUAGUGGAAUGAAUCUGAUUAGAGCAACCAAAGAACAGAAUAGCCCAGAUACUCGAACUCCUUGACAACAAUGCUUCAUCUUAAAGGAAAAUUCCUGGCCUGCAGAGGCGUUUACCAGGUUGUUCUGCUGCCAGUAUUUACUCUCUUCACUAAUGCCAUAUCUCUACUGUGAAGCACUGGUCUUCCUCCUCCUUGCCCCUGUGCCCCAAGCCCUGGGUACUGCCAUGCUGGGUCAUGUGGGACCCACCAUGUUUUGUAACUCUGCUUGCUCUGUCCACCAGUGGGACCCCACAGUGCAGACCCACCCAGUGCAUCCUUCCCACUCAGACAUCUGUGCCUGCUGCCGUUCCCAUAUCUGUUUCCUCACAACUCAUUUCUUCCAUGCAGCCUCCUGAAGGGCUUACGUACACCCAGGCUUUUCUUCACCUUCUCUGAAUGCAUGAAGAGAAUGAGAUUAAAAAGUUAUGGGCACGCCAUAUCUUCCUCCUCUCCAGCACUAGGGUGAGCCUCAGCUGACCCACAUCUGUCAAAAACAUGGGCUCCACAACCAGGGAAUUUGCCUUUAUGCUUCUGUUCUAUGCAGAAACCAGUGCGCUCUUGGUACUGCAGUAGCAGCAAACGGCGUGCCCUACAGAAGUAACCAGCUGAGGAUAAAUGUAGCCAGCAAAGAUGCUCAUAUUUCACUGCCUGAUGGGUGCUUGCUGAUAGGCCAACUCAGCAUGCAGCAUUCAAAACAAGCAAUGAAAAAUGAGCCAUGUUCCAAGCAUUUUUAAGCCCCAUCUCUCGGUGCAAAAUGCUAAGCAAGUGAUUAUUUGCUUCUGUUCUUGUUCCGAAUUCUUGUGGUUUUACAUGAUGGAAAGAACAACAAACAAGACAAGAAUUGAGAAGAGUUUUUUUGCUUUUUAGUAUCACCAUUUGCAUGCAGAUGUAAACUGCUCACUUCAUCCAUAAUCUGCAGGGGUUUUCUGUGUGUCUUGGAGGAAGGUGCAGGAAUCUGAGUUCCAUUUCUUUGCCUAUGCUGCCCUCGCCAAAGGGCCCUGUGGCCUUGCAGCUCUAACCAAACUACCUGCCCACUUGCCCCAAGGGGAGCACUUUAUUACAUCUCUUGCACAGACACGGGUGACUGAACAGCAUGUGUGUCCAACAGGGAACUCUCAGCCACCAGAAGCAGGGCAGAAGUUAGCGAGUCGCUGAACAUUAGAUUCAUCAUAACCUGCGCACUGGGGACGAGCCUGCGGUUGCCUUUCCCCCUUCACAAAGCAGGGGGGGAGGCUGAUCAUCAGCAAGUGAGGAGCAGCAGCUUCCAGUCUCCCUCCCUGCUACAGGCUGUCCCAUUCCUGCCCUGGGAGCAUGAGGCUCCGCAGAACUGCUCCCCAGGUGCCCGAGGUCUCUCAGAGCCAAGCUGAUGGCUGCUUAAUGAAGGAUGCUGCUAACAGUCCCGUGCAUGCUUUGUUUGAAAGGGAACUACGAGCCUGAGGCAGGUGUGCACCCAGCGAUCUCAUUGAUUCAGAUUUGAGAUUCAUCAUUGUAUAAGUCUCACCUAUUUCAAUAUUUUUAACACAUCCAUCAAAAAUGUCUGGAGGAAGACCUGACAAGAAAAGAACGUGAAUACAGAACCCAAAAUUAUGCCUGGGCUGAAAGUGAUAGGACUGGAGAACUCUGUGGACAGGUUUUCAUUUUCCUUCUAUCUUGCACUUAAAUUGUAAAAUAACUGGAAAUAAUGGUCACAGAAUUGACACAAUUCAAUGCACUGGAGUAUUUUGAAAUAUUACAUUGAUGAAAUUAUAAAACUUGAACUGUCACAGCUGCCUGCACUUGUCUCAUUCUGAAGUACAACAUCAAUUUAAAAGUAAAUUGAGCACUUUUUUCCUUUUUAAAGUAAUUUGUCACUACAGUCUAUGUGAAGACAAGUAUAAGCAGAGAUAAUGCAAUGCACAGUGUACAUAUUGAAUUGUUAACCGUCAGAGAUGGUAACCAG